ACGGAAGCCAGUGCGGGCCAGGCGACGCAUUGAGCUGGGGCUCGAGCAUCCGAGUGGAGACCGGCGGCUUCAGAUGAACGUUACAGCGAGUCGGGCGGCCCCGAGUGUAUUGGGCCUACUUUCCCAGGCAUACUUUUCCAGGAUCAAGUACCACCAGUGAAAUUGUGUUUGAAAGUUUUCAUGGUGCUACAAGGGGCAAUUCUAGAUGGUAGUCUGGGCAAAAGGCGAUUCCUGCUUCUGCACUCUUUCACAAACAGUUCUGGUAAUAUCAGGAAGACAAUUUUCUUUCAAAAUCUCUGAUCUGGUGAACUAUUGCGUAAGCUUGGAAGUUGUACAGAUUAUUGGAAUUUGUCUAACAUUUGGUAACUUGAAAAUGAUAAACAAAUGAUUUCCAAUGCCAGAGUCAUUGGAAAAACAGCAGUUUCAUUAAAAGGAUAGGAGUCCCACUGAGUGACAAUUUCUGACUUCUGAUGUCACAGUGACUACAACCUGGCGAUGGACUGACUGCAUUAGCAAAUAAUGGAUGAGCAGGCUGUGUUUUUGUCCUUCAAUCAAGCUGCCUGAGCUCAUUACAGUAUGCUUACACCUUUGAGAACUGUGCCUUUAAAACAGCACAUUUCUACCAACUGGCCGCCCAUAAUAUCCAUGGUCAAGGAUCAAAAAUGUUGUAAAAUAUCAUCUGUUCUUGGGACACAACAUAAAGCUGAGCUGUCCUAAAGAGAGUGGUAAUGGAAACCAAGUCUGAUAAUCCAGCAACAAGAUUACUUUGAAAAGUAUUCCAGGGUCCUAAGACUUGAGUGGGGAUCAAGUAACACGUAAAUAUCAAAUUGCAUGCUCCAGUGAUGGUGGAAGUUACUCUGCAACCAGUUGGUAUCUGCAGUAGUGAAGAUGGAUUUGCCAAAAUAGCUGACACCAACAGGAAAACUAUUUGGAAUUUAUUGUACCGAGAAAGUUGUGUGACACAGUUUAUCCCCAAACAAGGCAAUCAUCAGAAUAGUGGAAAGAUGCUAUGUCAGAGGGGGAUCGAGAAAGGCAUGAUUGGUUCAUCUUCAUGAGGAAUAACUCGCAUCGUUGCAAAAUACAUACUUUUUUCUGCCCUUGGAUUUCAAAAUUUCUGUGGUGUAAGAUACAACAGUCCAUGAGGCACAUGCAUCUGGAGACUUCUCAGAAAGAGCAGUCUAACAACUUGUCUCGGCAGGCUACAAGCCAGGCAGAUGGGAGUUUUCAAGAUGCACCAAUGAGUGACUAUCGCUUGGAGUCAAGUGAUGUCAUCCCCGAAAGAGGAAUUUUGGCAGGGUAUAGCGAGAAUGAGGUUAGAAUUCAAAAAGUGUAUCAACUUUCAAUAUUUUCUCACCUUUCUAAUUCUUCAAGUAGUUUGGAACAGAGAAAUGGCAAACGGGGUUUUAAAAGAAGUGUAACUGAACUUCAUCCAGAUCUUGAACUUGAACUCAAUGAGGAAAGAAUCCACGUGCACUGCAGGAAUUCUGCCACGUUGACUGAAAGUCGAAAUGCAUCUCAUUGUGGAACUGAUAAUGGUAAUUUUUCUGAAAAAAGCAUAGAAAAGACAAGUGACUAUCCAGACCAACAAGGUGUUAGUUUCCAAAAUGAAGAACCAAUUGUGCAUGGUUCCGCACAACACUUUUCCCACAGUGGUUUGCAUGUUAUUGAACAUAAAGACUCCCAGGACAGCAAUCUGGCAGAAGAUGGUGAGACUGGCUCACAUAGAAAUAAAGUGGUGCCAACAACACCAUCCUCUGAGAAAGACGUUCAACCUAUUAACAGCGCUGGACUGCCAUCAUCUGAGAAAACGCCUUCUUCUUUAGGACACUCAAGUACAAUCUCUGUCAGAUGUACAGCAAAACGGAAGCUGCUAUCACCAACAAAUGCAAUAGGGAAAGAUAUGUGCUCAGGGGAUGAAAUCCCUUCUGUUGCGAAGAAAUGUAGGAUUCAGUUAACUAAUUCCAUCCCAGUUUCAUGCAGAAGUACUGAUGCCAAAGCAGCACCUUUCUGGAAUCACUUACUUCCAUCUUCAAGGGAUGCAUUGAAGAACUCCUCUGAUUGCCUCAGUGGUACCAGAAGAUUAAAGAAUGGAUUGCGCUUAAAAUCGAGACGUCUACGGAGUGCAUUUGCAGGAGAAUCCAACAAGUUUUCAUCAAGAAGCAGCACAAGUCCUUCUAUUAGUCGUUCCUUGCUAGGAAAUUUUGAGGAAUCCUUGUUAAAUGGCAGAUUUGCACCAUCAGGAAGAAUUGAAGGUUUUACAGCUGAACUUGGGGCAAGUGGAUCAUAUUGCCCACAGCAUGUAACACUACCUGUGGAUGUAUCUUACUUCAAUAUUUCUGAACAUAGUGCCCCAUCACCAUUCCUGGGUGUGAUAAAUCUGGAAUCUUUGGGAAAGAAGGGUUACAAUGUCCCCAAGGCAGGAACCAUCCAAGUGACCUUAUUCAACCCAAACAAAACUGUGGUGAAAAUGUUUCUUGUGACUUAUGACUUUAGCGACAUGCCACCAAACCACAUUACGCUUCUGCGCCACAGGAUUUUUCUUGUGCCAGUGGAAGAAAAUGCAGGAACAUGCGAAAAUAUGGAAAAUUCAGACGUAAAAAGAAAAGUACUAUGUUAUCUGAUUCAUUUACGGUUUCAAAGUUCAAAGUCUGGAAAAAUCUACUUGCACAGUGAUAUUAGGCUGCUGUUUUCCCGAAAAUCAAGUGAAGUGGAUGCUGGAAUUCCUUAUGAGUUAAAGUCAUUUACAGAAAUGCCAAGAAAUCCAAAAUAUUCACCACGAGUUUAGCACAUUAAUUUGAAGACUACCUGUAUUGGAGUUCAGUGAUUAUUUAUCUAGCGACUGGUUCUAACUAUGGAGAAAACCUUUCAGUUCAGUGUUAAGAUGCAUGCUUUGUCAUAAAUAUUAAGGAUUUGUUUAAAGUGCAGUUUCCAAUUGUGACAUUCUGUACAUUUUGAUUUAAAAGAGCACAGGAAACUUGCUUUAAUGUAGGCCUGAAAUAUUUAAUAUACAUUUUUGCUCUAAGUACAUGGAAAUUUAAUUCCUUAACCCAAGUAUCAAAAUUCCAUUUUACUUUGAAACAUUGAUCUAUUUAUCUUAAAUAUCUUUGAUUGCCUGUAUUAAUAAUUAUUGUAAUUGUGGAUUUCUUGAUUUUUAAACUAAUCAGGACCACAAAAGAGACAUUUUCAGUUUGAGAAUAAAUAAAUAGUAAAUGGUUGAUUUAACUCUUUAAUUUAUAGAGCUUAUGCAAAAAUCUUUGCAAUAUCUAAUUUAUAGAAAUGUGAAUAUUGCUGCUGCUGCUGCUGCUGCUUCCAGAUUUGUUCAUGGGGGAAAACCUAUUCCUUUCUCCAAUAACUUAAUUUUAUUUUUAAUAGAUUUGAAUAUCUUGCCCAAAAAUUCAGUUUGCUGCAAAAACUGAUUUUAAUGAGUUCUUGUCUUGCCCCACAUUUUGAAAAUUAUACUAACAAGGUGAGAAAACAUGGUUGAAUUGCAAGUCUCAACCUUUUUUCUUUCUAGCACUGUAACUCUUUCAUUUUCCAAUUAUGUCCAAGUCUCACAUUUGGCAUUGGCAAAAGAUGUAUGGUCUGGUUGGGAGAAGAGGUGGGAAUUAUCUUCCAUUACGUCUGCAACUAUUAAUUUUCCACCAACAACUAGCAAAUCCUUGAGACAAUGGAGUGAAUAUUAAUUUGCUGGACUUUUUUUAAUUAAUAACCCAAUCAACUGAGAAAAAUCUAGCCGCUGCUUUCCCCUUGAUGCUUCAACCAUAAAUCCAUACCCAAAUAUUGGUACACACAAUUUGUGUACAAAUGCACUGUGAUAUUUUGGUAACGGUUAAUAUGAAUAAACUAUUUUUGCCAAAGUGUUUGACAAGGGGGAAUUCCUUGGACUAAUAGAUGUCUAGAUGACCCUUCAUUCUCGAGUAAAUGAAACAUUUUGUAUGGGCAAACUGUAGAUUAAAGAGUUAAUUAAAAUAUUUCCUAAUGUUAGUUUUAUUUUGCAUUAUGCACUGUGUGGUAUAUUCGGAGGUACGCUUCAGAAAAAUACAUUUGUUUUGUUCUUAAUAUUAUCAUUGUUGUCCAAACUCCUAAACCUACUAAUCAUAUUGUUGAAACAGUUGUAGAAACAAAAGCUAAGUGAAGUAGAUUGUAUUUUUGAUGGAAUAAACUGCUGUAAAAAUAUUGGUUUUGAAUGUUCUUUUAAAAUGCAUGCCAAAUAAAAUGUUGCUAUGA